GAAAGUACACGCCGAGCUUCUUCAAUCUGGUAAAUUUUCAUACCGGGAAAUCUCGAGUCCUCAUCUGGCCGUAGUUUUCUGUUCGAAUUUUCUUCUGGACAAACACAUUAUCUUUGGAUUUCUACAGAAUCGGAAAAUUUGAGUUCUUUCUGUGACAUUCUUGAUCUCCAUCUGGGUGUGCUUCGUGAAAUUGUACUACUCUCUGAAUUUGGUUCUGGGUAUGCUUGAUUUCCUAGAUACUGGAUCCCAUUUAUGAAGAUAAAUCAUGCAUUUGGGUCUGGUAGUCCCAAGUCUUUCCAGGUCUACCGUAGAGGUGAUUUUGAUCUAGAAUCUGGAACUAUUAAAAGAACCAGAAAGCCAAAAAAUUCACCUCUUCAUCCAUUCAAAAUGAUCAAAUCCAUUGGAAACCGAAUUCAAUACUAUUCCAAGCUGCACCCCAUCAUGGUUUUCUUCAUUUCAUUGUCAGUUGGGGUCACAAUUCUCAUGGUACUAUCUCUUUACGAGAGCCAAUUCAGAAUGAUGAGUAAUUAUAAGAAAUCUGAUAAGGGUUCCGAUACCUAUCCGUUUGCAAAGUUUCGGAAUCUUGUAAUGGUUGCUGGGCAUUCAGUGUACACAAGUAGUAGUUGUGAGAAGGUUGAUAAGGAGAAUGCUUGGUUUUUGGAGUCUUAUCAAAAGCAUCCGGGUCAAGCUGCUACGUUUGUGACACAUAUACAGGAGGGAAUAGAAGUUGCAGCUAGAGAUGAUGAGGCUUUGCUCUUGUUUAGCGGUGGAGAGACUCGGAAAGAUGCUGGGCCUAGAAGCGAGGCACAGAGUUACUGGAUUGUUGCUGAAUCAAAAGGAUGGUUUGGCAAGAAAGAAAUCGUGAGGCUGAGGGCACUCACAGAAGAAUAUGCAAGAGACAGUUUUGAGAAUCUUCUCUUUAGUGUUUGCCGGUUUCGGGAGCUUACUGGCACGUAUCCACAUAAUAUAACGGUUGUGGGUUAUGAUUUCAAGGAAGAGAGGUUUGUCCAUCUGCACCGCUCUGCAAUUAGGUUCCCGGAUACAAGGUUCUUUUACUCAGGGACCCCAUCUUCAUCUACCUCAAGGGAAGCAGCUUUGAAAGGCGAAGCCUUGGUGAGGACUCAAUUCCAAGAUGAUCCUUAUGGGUGUUUAGGUUCACUACGUCGCAAAAAGCUGGGGCGUGAUCCUUUUCACCGGUCAAUCCCUUACCCUAAUGGGUGUCCUGAACUUCAAGGUUUGUUCAAAUACUGUGGGGUAGCUCCAUUUCCAGGCUCCCUCCCUUGGGCUGUGUAAAAAAAAUUACUGUCUUUUGAUCUGAGAACUUAGGAUUACAAACUAAGCCAAUACAAAAUAGAUGCUUUAUCCAACAAUCAAGUAGGCUUUUUUCUGUAUUUUUUAGUAAUAUAUAUAUUUUUUAUUUGCUAGAAUGGGGAAUUCCUUAUUAUGUUUUGGUCUGCUUUAUGGUUAUAACUCGUGGC